UCAUUAGAGCCUUAAUUGUUCUCCUGAUGGUAAAUCCAAUAAAUCGUGAGCUGUAAGGUUUCGCGACGCCUGUAAUGAAAUCUUGUUAUCGGGGUUUAUUCCACCCUGAACUUGAGUGAGAUGUGGUUGGGCAAAACUUUGUCGCGAGCCAAAAUCGACAAUCAAGUCCGUGUUCUACCACUGGACAUUGACCAAACUGUCAGCUGUUUCUGCCGGAAGGCCAGACGUAAAGAAAAAGAGGGAACAGAUGCAAACACCAGCGGCGACUCGAAACUGUACCUGGAGGCACAAGUCCUGGAAAGGAAGCUGCCCGAAACAGACAUGAGACUCCUAGUCGAUUUGCCAGCUGGUCUGGACUACAACGAGUGGCUCGCGUCGCACACGAUGGCCCUAUUCGACCACGUGAACCUAGUGUACGGGACAGUUAGUGAAUUUUGUACUCCCUCCGGUUGUCCAGAUAUGACAGGUCCAGGUCAAAAAAUAUAUUUGUGGUUUGACGAGAAGGGAAAGAAGACGAAAGUGGCCGCCCCUCAAUAUAUAGAUUAUGUGAUGACUUUUAUUCAGAAAACUAUAAGUGAUGAAAAUAUUUUUCCUACUAAAUAUGCAAAUGAAUUUCCCUCGUCGUUCGAGUCAAUAGUGCGCAAGAUCGUGCGGCUGCUGUUCCACGUGGUGGCCCACCUUUACGCGGCCCAUUUCAAAGAGGUGGCGCUGCUCGGCCUCCACGCCCACCUGAACCUGACGUUCGCCCAUCUGACCGCCUUGCACAGCCGAUUCGCGCUGAUCGACGCUAAGGAGACGGAGGUGUUGCGUGAUCUGGAGGUCGCGUUGCGACUGACCGGCGAGCAGGAGGCGCAGCUGGAUGUGGCGGCGGGCGAUAGGCCGGAUGUGGCGGUCGCAGCGACCGAGGGCGGCGAUGCGGAGGGGGCGCGGGCUCUGAACCAGGACGACGCCAGUAAGUCGACUAAUUUCCUAUCAAGAUAGCGACAAUAAAUCCUAAUCGGCGAGAGACUGGAAGCUUCAUGUGAUGUCGGGGAAGUUAUUUCGGCGAUCUCCUCUCGAAAUGAUGAUGUUUUGUUGACGUAUAUUAAAAUAGCUAGAGCAUGUGAUUUACCAGGACUUUAGUGCUGCGGUUUUUUAUUUUUUAAUUUGUUGUUUUUAACAAUGUUAAUUAUUUAUACGAUGGAAUAGUUGAAUUUCUCAAUUGUGCUCCAACGGGAUGAUGACUUACGAGAAAAACGGGGACGGACGGAAUGUUCGCGAGAAGUAUUCUUUCUAGUCUCAAAUUUUAUUUUGUUCUUAGGAAACUGCUCGAAUCGUCAAACACGUUCAUUCAUUCACAUAUUAAUUACGUGCACGCCUUGUUUUGUUAAUUUAUCGAUUGUUAUUCGACGUUUCGUCCCCGUUUCAGUUUCGCCCUUUUUAAUCGACCAUCACCUUAAUUAUCUGUUCCUCACGUUCAUCGUAAACAUUUUUAUUUAUUGGGAGUUUCGAACACCAGAUAGUUUAGCUUUUACGGACUUUUAGUUAGUAGGUUACUUUUUAGCGUUUAAAUUCUUUGACUUGUUUUUUCCUGUGAUAUUGAAAAAUGAUUAAUUAACUAUGUGUAUUGUGUAUUUAAUCGUUUAAAACCUAACGCAUUUUUACCAAAUAUUUUUUUAAUUUACGGGACAAUUAUAUUGGUAUGCUUCUUUUUUGGUUGUGUUUGCAUUUUUUAAAACAACUAUCUAGUGUUCCGGACAAAUUAAUGAGACACAAUUAGAUGGUACUUAAUGAAUCACAAGGCGAACCUAUGACAAACAGAGUUGACAUUGCAUUGAUGAUUAUUUGUGAAUAUGCGAACAUUUGCACGUUGAAUUAUAUGUGAAUGCUUCAUUUGGGUAUUGCAUAACAACAAAAUGUAUAUUCACAAUUUAGUCAAGCACAAUUUUAUAUAUUACAUAUUAGAAAAUUUCACACGUUCCACGAGAUUUAAAUAAAAAAAUUCUAAGCAUAUUUUAUUAUAAAAGUGUAUUGUUAAUUAAAAGAGUAGUGGUAACUCUUUUUGUCCAGAAUUUUUAGAUGAAUCUUCCUUAAAGACUUAAAUCGAUUGUGCACUAUAUUUCAGAGAGUUUUAUUAUUGUGAUUUUAAAAAGAGGCAUUUCAUUUUAUUUUCUGUACAGUGUUGAUUGUUCCUGAUGCUAAUGUAUAUAUUAUAUUGUAAUAUGAAUUUUAGUUUAUUAUUUUUAGAUUCUGUAAACGGCUAUUAGAUAUAGCAUUUGUUGAAGAAUGAAAAAUAAAAUCACCAAAUGUUA